AUGGGUAGCGAGGAUGAAGGAGAAGAAGACGAGGUCGCGUCGGAUGACGGCGAAGUGGAGGCAUUCCCGGAGAUUGAUGCGCGAAGCGAUACAGACGAGGACGAUGGAGACUACCAGGCAGGCGACGAAAACGAUGAAGAGGACGACCUUGACCCAGAAGACGAGGAAUCGGAAGACGCCUCGGACGACGACCUGCGAAUAUUCCCUCAGUCGAAAACCAUCAUAUCGGAUAUCACUGGGCAGCCCAAACGCGUAUAUCCGGAGAUUGAGCCGGACUACGAUUCGGACUCGUCCACAGAAGAUGCUCCCAAUCGCGUCGGAAGUAUUCCAAUGCAUUGGUACGACGAUCUACCGCAUAUAGGCUACGAUAUUAAUGGGAAGAAGGUCCUACGCCCCGCUCGAGGAGACGAGUUGGACAACUUCUUGAAAACCGUCGAGGAUUCUGAAGCAUGGACGUCAGCAUUCGACAAGAAGAUGCAAAUGGACAAGCCAUUGACCCCGGAGGAAUUGGACCUCAUCCGACGGUUGCAGGAAGGCGAAAAUCCGGAUGCAGCCUAUGACCCAUAUGAGCCUACUGUGGAGUGGUUCACUGGGAAGGGCAAGGAGGAGGUUAUGCCAAUUUCGGCCGCACCGGAACCCAAGAGGCGUUGGAUUCCCAGUAAGUGGGAGAAGAAGAAGGUCAUGAAGAUCGUUCGUGCUAUCCGCGCAGGCCGUAUUGUGCCCAACAAGCCGAAGACUGCAUCCACCGAGCCUCGGUUCUACUCCGUCUGGAAUGACGAGCCCUCCGGCGCGCCCGCGCCCCUCCCUGCACCCAAACCCCAAGAGUAUCUGCCCUCGCCGGAAGAGCGCGCGCAAUGGGAAGCCACGGAGCCGGAGGACCGCGAGCGCGACUUCCUGCCGCAAAAGUACAGCGCGCUCCGGCUCGUGCCCGCGUACGACCGGUUUAUCAAGGAGCGCUUUGGUCGCCAGCUCGACCUGUAUCUCGCGCCGCGCGUCCAGCGCGUGAAGCUCCGGAUCGACCCGGAGAGCCUGAUCCCGAAGCUGCCCAGCCCGAGUAGCCUUAAGCCGUUCCCGCGGGUGCGUGCUUUGAGCGUGAGCCCAGACGGAGGAUGGGCGGUCAGUGGCGACGAGAGCGGAGUCGUGAAGCUGUGGGAGGUCAUGGUUGGGAAGGAGGUGAAGAGGUGGACGACGGACGUCAGCUUCUUCGCACGAGGACACAUCCAUUUCAUCAUCCUCCCAAUCUCCCGGCCUAGUGCUGACCGCAACGCAAAACGUUCUGGCACCUGCAAACCUUCCGCCUCCCGCGCCGUUGCUUCACCAGUCAAAUGGACUCCUACACUCACCCUGAACCUCCCUACAUCGCCCGAGCCACCCAAACAGCUCGUAUGGCACCGAAAGGGGAUUAUGUCGCUUCAAUCGGAAGGUCAGGCAGGGGUUUGGAUACACCAGAUGUCUCGUCGGCACUCGCAGGCACCGUUCAAGAAGGUCAAGGGCGCGGUCCAGCUCGUUCUAUUCCAUCCCUCAAAACCGCACUUCUUCGUCGCAACCCAGCGAUACGUGCGGAUGUACGACCUCGCGGAGCAAAAGCUCCUCAAAACGCUCACCCCCGGCACGCGCUGGAUCUCGUCGAUGGACGUGCAUCCAUCAGGGGACCACCUGAUCGUGGGUGGGUACGACCGCAAGUUGUGCUGGUUCGACCUCGAGCUCAGCGACAAGCCGUACAAGAUCCUCCGGUACCACGCUCGGGCGCUGCGGUCGGUCGCGUUCCACCCCACGUACCCGCUGUUCGCGUCGUCGUCGGACGACGGCUCGAUCCAGAUCUUCCACGCGCGGGUGUACAACGACCUGAUGACGAACCCGCUCAUCGUCCCGCUCAAGAUCCUCCGGGGGCACGGGCCGUGGCUGGUGAGCGCGGGGGCGGACGGACAGGUGGCGGUGUGGUGCAGCUAG